CCGCUCUGGAGUUAAUCAGUUUUGUUGAAGUUGGCUCGAUAAAAACGCAAAUAACUCAAAUGAGCUAGAUAUAAUUUCAUCCAAAAUGGAACAGGUAGAAAAUGAAUCAGUUGAAGAACACAAAGAGCCGCAAAUGUAUCAGAAUGUUUCCAGUGAUUGUUCCAAAAACGAGAAAACAAACUCUAAAAAUCAACCAGUUGAAAAACAUGGCGGAUUUGCUGAGAGAUUUAUUGACUUUGAUGUGUCAAUCACUUCCGAUUUGGCAAUUUGUGCAACGAAAGACUCCUCGUAUGGUGCCCUGAGACCAGUCAUGAAGUUGCUUGAGAUCAGUUGCCAUGGGAUACCAUGGCUGUCCGUGACCGCAUUCCUGAUGUACAAGACCAGUGAUGUUCAUUGCCACGAGAUUCUCGUCAAUUUGCUUACCGCUCUGAUUCUUGAUCUCAUUAUCAGUGGCCUGCUGAAAGCUGCUGUACGUCGUCGACGUCCCAUUCACAACAAAAUGGACAUGUUCUUCACUAUAUCCGUGGACAACUACUCUUUUCCUUCUGGCCACACAUCGAGGGCGGCCAUGACCGCAUACUUCAUGUAUGACGUUUUAGAAUUUAGUCAUUUAUCUGUGUAUGUUUUAAUCUGGGUUUGGGCGAUAAUGGUGAGCAUAUCUCGAGUGAUGUUGGGGCGGCAUCAUGUGACCGAUGUGGCAGCAGGUUUUGUCGUUGGAUUAACACAGUACUUAAUAAUUGUGGCUUAUUGGAUACCGCAAGAGACUUGCCAUGAGUACAUAAUAAAAGCUCAGGGAUUACUUGGAUGAUCAAAUUUUUGUUGGUUCCUUUUGAACUUAGGAAAAUUCUUGUCAAUAUUCCAAUUUCUGAUGCACUUUCAAAUGGUUAAUGAGUUUUGUCUCGUAGUACCCUAAAAUGCAAGGUUGUCUUGCCAGUCAUGUCAACUAAUACUGCAUGCCAGAUGAGUUUAGCUGUGAUGAAUUCAGAAAUAUUUAUUAACCUCCUAGCCUUUCUGAGGAAAAGGUUGGUUCCAACAUGUGUUUAUUGAUAAAUCGUUGCAGUUUCAAGAGAAGUAACAAGUUUGGAGUGUACGUCUUUCUCUAUAGUGUUAAACAGUAAGCAGCUGUAAUCCAGCAUGUGUGACUUUGUUACAUUAUUUUCCUCUGUCUGUCUUUGUGAAUGUCUUUUAGUACCUCACUUUGUUAUCCUUGAAUUCAAGUUUUCUUUGAAUAUGUACUUACAUUAAGAUAUGCUCUUCACUUCAUAGGAUCAGUUACACGUAUAGACGACUAUAGAAAUGAAAGAUUCAGGAUAAGUUGCAAUGGAUCAUUAAUGUGGCUUAAAUUUUAAACAUUGAGUAAGAUGAUCAAAAACAAAAGCGGUGUUUAACAUAAUUGAAUUGAAGAUGGGACUAUUGGCAUGAGCUAGGAAGUCAAAUUGGUGGUCCCAUAGACAAUCAGGAAAUAGGAUCUGGUCUGUCUUAGUGCUUAACUAUUCCUUGUACAGGUGUGAGGAGUGUCGUCAUAUUGUUAGCUGAAGGCAGUGGAGAUUCCUGUUGCACUCAAUCUGACCAACCUGGCUCUUGUCUACUAGUCCCCCUUAUAGGAAUCGUUGUAUUAUCAGUCGUAAAAUUUUAAGUCUGUCAUGUCUGUAACUAGUGGAAGACUGUGAUGUUGUCUUGCUUUUAUAAUGACACCUGUACAAUCAUGUCGAUACUGGUUAUGAUUAUGGUUUUUUGAAAAUGGAUGCAAAGUACUUAGCAGUUGAUUUCUUUGGGACCUUUUAAAAUGACUUCAAGGUGUUUGAUUUGUAUGUCUGCAACAGUUCUGUGGUUGUGUAUAACUUGACUCACUUACCAAACACUCAGGGUAAAAUGAUAUGUUUUUGGAUCUCAAUCAUUGCUGUUGUGCAAAAUGAUAUUGAAGUCCAAAAAGAGGUAUUGGGUCCUCCACCACGGUCAUUGAUUCAUGUAUUUCAAAAAAUGUGUCUCUAUUGAACAUGUAGUAAUCAAUGUGAAUGUCCGGUUUUGUACAUGUGCUGCACAUGUACAUUUGAUCCACUUGUUGAGCAGGUGGUCACUAACUUACUGAUAUGAAAUAAAUUCCAACUCAAUCACUAAAA